AUGUUUUGCUUGGCGGCCGCGGCACUGCCGCCGCUUGCGCUGGCACUCCCGUGCGGCGAGCUGUAUGCGGACGGCUUCGCCGAUUACUCGGCCAACUCCGGUGCCUGGCUCCACUCCCACGCGCGCGGAGAGGACCCUACAGAAGCAUGGGGACACCAGGCGCAAAACCAAGGUAGCAUGCAGAACGAUCUCAAGGUGCUGAAGGACAUGGGCGGCUUUGGGUCGCCAGAGGCGGCUGAGCUGCUGGUGGACAUUGCCACGAACAUGGUGCUCUCCUGCUGGGCGAUGGGCGGCCGCUUCUGGGCCGCCUCACUGAAGCAGGGCGGAGAUUCGCACAUCUCCGGCAGCGCCACGCUCUGCGCGCCAGAGAGCUGUGCACAGCGAGAGGUGGAGACCGAGGUGGUUCCCUUCUGGUUCUCGAAGAUCAUGAAAGGGGCGCAGCUGGCCUCAGCGGCAGUGCAGGAGCUGGGCCACUGGGCAGACCUGGCUCUGGACUUCCUGCUUAUCGGGGUGGAUGGUUGCGGCACCACGGCCCUUAGGAGAGGUUUGGCCAGACACCGGCUGAUCAACUUCACGACAUUUUCCAUCCACGGCGUGGAUGAAGACUUCUUUCUGCAUGAAAUGGGCCGCAACACCCUGCCCUUCACGUGGCAAGUGCAGCGCUUUGCCCAGCGGCGUGAGGAAAGCUUGGGAGGUCUCAUUGGGCUCUACCAGGCCGUCAUUUGGAAGGAGGACGUACUGCUCUACAUUCUGGAGAAGGUGCCCGACGUUAAGCUCAUAGCCACGGUUUGCGACCCGGUGGACCGCUUCGAGCGCCUGGUGGACUUUGCGGGCCGCGCAGGCCUCAGCUUUGAGGAGGCGCUGGAGCAGGAGCUGAAGGCGGCCGACGACUUCGGGCAGCUGCUGAAGUGGCAGGCAGCCUUCCAGGACCGGCUCUUCUUUGUGGAGCGCGACGCCCUAAGUGCGCCGGAGACCUACGACGACCUCGCGGCCUUUCUGGGGCUGCCGGGCUUUCGCGCGCAGCGCUUCUGGCGCUACAACGCCCGCGGAAGGCGCGAGCCGAAGAUCUGCAACAGGACGCUGCUGGCCCAGCUGAAGGAGCGCUUCGACUUCAGCUAUGAAGUGGCCCUGCACUGCCUGGGCAGCAAGGCCUCUGGGAGGCUCCAGCAGCGCCUCAGCCGCUGCGACCAGCCCGUCCGAGAGUCGACCUCGCAGCGCGACUGCUUCAAGUCGCGCUGUGACUUCUGA